GCGGGCAGUGGCGUGCGGCCGCCGCAGCGAGCGCCGGCGGGAGCGGGUUCAGCCUCGGCUCGGGCUCGGCUCGGCUUCUCGCUCGGCUUCCCGCUGCCGCUCGCCAUGCCCGGCCCAUCCUCUGCACCGCCGGCUCCGAGCUGCUGAGCGGGCGGCGUUGGCGUGGACGCGGGGGGACCGCGGCUCCGGUGCCCGCUCCCGCCCGCCGCCGCCGCCGGGGCGCUCCGCCGGGAGCUGCCCGCAUGCGGACGGGCGGCCCCUGAAGCGAGCGGCCGUCGGGGCGCGACGCGGCGGCCGGAGGGGGCGGGUGCGGCGAUGGGGGCUCUCCCGGCGCUGCUGGGGGCUGCCUUGCUUUGGGCCGGCGCCGGCGCCCUCGUCAACCUCAAGUACUCGGUGGAGGAGGAGCAGCGGGCCGGCACCGUGAUCGCCAACGUCGCCAAGGACGCGCGGGACGCCGGCUUCGUGAUAGACCCCCGGCAGCCCACCGCCUUCCGAGUGGUCUCCAACUCGGCCCCCCACCUGGUGGACAUCAACCCCGGGUCCGGGCUGCUGGUCACCAAGCAGAAGAUCGACCGGGACCUGCUGUGCCGGCAGAGCCCCAAGUGCGUCAUCUCACUGGAGGUGAUGUCCAGUUCCAUGGAGAUCUGUGUGAUCAAGCUGGAGAUCAAGGACCUCAACGAUAACGCGCCCAGCUUCCCCACUGACCAAAUCGAGCUGGAGAUCUCAGAGACUGCCAGCCCCGGCACCCGUGUCCCAUUGGAGAGUGCCUAUGACCCAGACUCAGGCAGCUUUGGAGUGCAGAGCUAUCAGAUCACACCCAAUGACCUCUUUGGGCUGGAGACCAAGACACGGGGAGAUGGCUCUCGCUUUGCUGAGUUGGUGGUAGAGAAGAGCCUGGACCGUGAGACCCAGUCCCACUACAGUUACGUGAUCACGGCACUGGAUGGCGGUGACCCGCCCAACUUUGGCACAGUGGAGCUUAGCAUCCGCGUCAUUGACUCCAAUGACAACAACCCACUCUUCGAGGAACCGGCCUACACUGUCAGCGUGCCUGAAAAUGCCCCACCGGGUACACCGGUCAUCCGCCUCAACGCCUCUGACCCCGAUGAGGGGACCAAUGGGCAGGUGCUCUACUCUUUCCACAGCUAUGUCUCCGACCGGGCUCGAGAACUCUUCCAGAUCGACCCUCAGAGCGGCCUCAUCACAGUCAGUGGUGCCAUUGACUAUGAGGAGGGACAUGUAUACGAGCUGGAUGUGCAGGCCAAGGACUUGGGACCUAACUCCAUCCCUGCCCACUGCAAAGUGACCAUCAGCGUGCAGGAUGCCAAUGACAACCCUCCCCUCAUCAACCUUCUCUCUGUCAACAGUGAGCUGGUGGAGGUGAGCGAGAAUGCCCCUCCGGGGUAUGUCAUUGCCCUGGUGCGGGUCUCAGACCGUGACUCAGGGGCCAAUGGACGUGUGCAGUGCAAGCUGCUGGGCAACGUGCCCUUCCGGCUGCAGGAGUAUGAGAGCUUCUCCACCAUCCUGGUGGAUGGGCGUCUGGACCGUGAGCAAAGGGACCAGUACAACCUCACCAUCCAGGCCAAGGACAAUGGUGUCCCCUCCUUGCAGGCUACCAAGUCCUUCACUGUCAAGAUCACCGACGAGAAUGACAACCACCCUCACUUUUCCAAGCCCUACUACCAGGUCAUCGUGCAGGAGAACAACACCCCGGGGGCCUACCUCCUCUCUGUGUCAGCAAGGGACCCUGAUCUGGGCCUCAAUGGCAGCGUCUCCUACCAGAUCGUGCCCUCCCAAGUCAGGGACAUGCCUGUCUUCACCUAUGUCUCCAUCAACCCCAACUCUGGAGAUAUCUAUGCUUUGAGGUCCUUCAAUCAUGAACAGACCAAGGCCUUUGAAUUCAAAGUCUUGGCAAAAGAUGGGGGCAAUCCCUCUCUGCAGAGCAAUGCCACAGUCAGGGUGAUCGUCCUGGACGUCAAUGACAACACCCCAGUGAUCACGGCCCCACCGCUGGUCAAUGGGACCGCGGAGGUGUACAUCCCCCGGAACGCAGGAGUUGGCUACUUGGUGACAGUGGUCAAGGCAGAUGACUAUGAUGAGGGUGAAAAUGGCAGGCUUUCCUAUGAAAUGGUGGAAGGAGACAGAGGAUUUUUUGAGAUAGACCAGGUCAAUGGAGAGAUAAGGACCACCAGAGCCUUUGGGGAGAAUGCCAAGACAGCCUACGAGCUGAUCGUGGUGGCUCAUGACCAUGGAAAAACAUCCCUGUCGGCCUCUGCCUUGAUUUUGAUCUACCUGUCCCCAGCCCUGGAUGCCCAGGAGUCCAUAGGAUCUGUUAACCUCUCCCUGAUUUUCAUUAUUGCCCUGGGGUCUAUUGCAGCCAUUCUUUUUGUCACCAUGAUCUUCGUGGCAGUAAAGUGCAAAAGGGAUAACAAGGAAAUCAGGACCUAUAACUGCAGAAUCGCAGAGUACUCCUAUGGGCAUCAGAAGAAAUCAAGCAAGAAAAAGAAAAUCAGCAAGAACGAUAUCCGCCUGGUUCCGCGCGACGUGGAGGAGACGGAUAAAAUGAACGUUGUGAGCUGCUCCUCCCUCACAUCGUCCCUCAACUACUUCGACUACCACCAGCAGACUCUGCCACUGGGCUGCCGCCGCUCCGACAGCACCUUCCUCAACGUGGAGAGCCAGAACAGCCGCAACGCCGGCUCCAACCACAUCUACCACCACACCUUCACGGGGCAGAGCCCCCAGCAGCCCGACCUCAUUAUCAACGGGAUGCCGCUGCCCGAGACUGAAAAUUACUCCUUUGACUCCAACUAUGUGAACAGCAGAGCUCAUUUAAUAAAAAGCAGCUCCACGUUCAAGGACCUGGAGGGAAACAGCCUGAAGGACAGCGGCCACGAGGAGAGCGACCAGACUGACAGUGAGCACGACGUGCAGCGCGGCCUCUACUGUGACACAGCUGUCAACGACGUGCUCAACACCAGCGUGCCCUCCAUGGGCUCGCAGGGCCCCGAGCCAGAGUGAAGCUGAUCGCUGUAUUAAUUCUCGAUAGAGUCUGUUAAAUGGCCGUAGUUAACCCUGUAAGACUCUGCGAGCAGGGGAACGCAGAGGUCACCUACCCAUUCCACACUGCCAGCCACGCUAAUUGGAGAGGGAUGGCAUCCGCAGUGAUAAUGUAUUUCCAGGCAACCCUACUGUGGCCAAAGAUGAAAAAAAUUAAACAUUUAUAUAACUGUACGGUGGCAGCUUAAUUCUCUGAGGACCAGUGCUGUGUCAGAGAAUGCAGGCUGAUAGCUAUCAUUUAUUAUUCUUCUAUUACAAAGAAAUGCUUUUUCAUUUCGAUCAGGAGAGGGUUUCCUCAGACGCGUUUGCAGUAAGGGACGACUGUAGAAGCAAAAAAUGUUCAUAAUUGAUUCUUGUCCUGACGAAUAGUCUGAGCAACAUCUGUUAAUUUUUUGUCACAUUUCUUCAGCAAAAAAACCCCAAUCUCAAUAGACUGCAGAUAGGGUUUUACAGAGAUUACAUUGCUGAUAAGUCUGCGGGCUGUCUGUGUUGCACACCAGGUAACAAUGCAGAGAAUUUAAAAAGGAGUUGGAGGCAGAGCUUUUUGGAGGAGUUACAAAGGAAGUAAAUUUGGUCCAAUCCAUUGCAAUGAGAAAUCCCUAUUGCAUGUAAAACAUCCCCGAAAGAACAAGGAACGUUUCCAGAAGGAAACUUCCAAAGGCAAACCAGGCGUCUGUCCCGCUCCUCAGUCCCAUGACAGGCAGGGGGGUGCUGCAGGGACAGCCCCAGAGCACCAGCUCUGUGUUGCCAUCUGACUGGACUUGCAGACAGGGAGGUGAGCAGUCACUGGCUCAGGAGAAAAGGUUAAAGAGAAUAUUUUCUAAGUUGAUUUGUCAAGCAGGGGCUGUAUAAAAUAAUCAGGAAAAUCAAGACACUCAGACAACGGUGAUAGCAGCGGUUCCCACAUAAUGAAAGUGAUGGUUUUGGCAUGAUAAUUUUUACCCAAUUUCAGACUGGCAAUGCGGGGGCAGGAAGGAGACAGCUCAGUAUCCAUGGUAGGGACACCCAGGAUGCAGGCUGCCUGCCUCCCUGAGCGUGCUGUGGGAUGCCUUUCAUAUAACCCAAAGGAGACAUUGGGGUUUGUCACCUGGUCCUAAUGAUGCCCUGCCUGGCAUCCCACUGAGAUGCCCUGGGCUUGGGCCUCUGCUCGUAACACCAUGAGUCAUCAGGGGAGAACUUUCAGGCUUUGUCCAGAUAAUCUGGGAAUCUUUUUAUCUGCUCUGUGGGUAAUGAUGAGGCUCUGUGGCCUCUGCUGAGGCUGGCCGCUGGCUGGCACAAAUCUUUGCAGCUCAGUGACGUCUUGAUUUGAAGCCUAUUAAUGAAGAUGGUCCCUCCAUGCUGGCAUCAGGGGUUAGCAUGGACCAGUAUGGGCAGUUUUCAUUUACUGAGGUGCUGAAUUUCCUGCAGAAAAGAGUAGGAAUGGGUGAAAAUUCCUUUAGCGUUCUUAAAAUCAGUCUCUAGAGCUUGGAACUUGGUCUUACAAGGCUUUUGGACUUGAGUGGGGAAGAAAGGAAGGUUGGUUUUGUACAUUAUUAUUGAUAUGACAGUGAUGUUCAGACACAGCUGGUUUCCCACCACCACUGGACCGGAGUGGGCUUCACUGCUUCCGUGUCAGUCUCUCUGGUAGGAACCUUUUCUCUUCCUCUUGGAAAUGACCUGGAUUUCCAGAAAAAUGGCAAACUGUCAUGUGAAGGGUGCUGAGCUUAAGUGGGCGGCAGCAGGUCAUCAGCAAUAGUGCCUGGAGCUCAGCCACGUCGCCUGGUUUAAAAGUCGGACUUCUGCCCAGUCCCUCUUUACCUCAGGAUCUUAAUUAUUGAUUACAAAUUCAUCAGUUGAAAAGAUUGCUUUAAUUGCUCUAAUAUGUACCCAAUUUGGACUUCAUUAUUGCGCAGGGUUGUUUUCCUUCCCCUGCUAAUUGAUACCAAAUGGGACAUUCAGGAAUACGGGCACUGGGCGCUGCUCCACCUUCCACAAUUGCUUGGCUGCUGGUUAAUUGUUUGUUUAUUUGUGGAGGUGUUUAUGUGCACUUUUUUUGUAACUCUUUUGUUACCCUCAGCUGAACUUUCCCAUGGAUUUGUAUGAAUAGAUUUGGAAAGCAUCUGCUGGAUGUCAGCAAGGUUUCGUGUUGGCUGGAGAAGGCUGCAGGAGGGUCUGGAGAAAUUCUGGGGUGCCCUUUGUAUCUCGGCCAAUUUUACUGCAGUAGGUACUGGAUUUCCUCCAAGGCCAAUCCAGGAGGACUCAGAGAGUCCUGGUGCAGUAAUUGCUGCAUGGUGCCAACAAGGGCAGAGGUGGAGGACGUAGGAGCUUCACCACCAGGUUUGAAGCUCCUGCUGCCUGUUCCUGCCAGCGACGUGGGGAAAUCUCAGCGUGCAUCAUUCUCCAGCACUGCAGAGUGUGGUGCUGCUUUUCCCGUAAGUGGCAGCACGGACCAGAUGUUUCACAGGGUAAUUGAAAAUUCCAUUUUAUCAGAAAGCAUUUGCUGUCAAAAAGUUUUAUCUUUACUUCAACAAAGAGGUUGAUUAGAUCCCUCAGGACCUGAAUUAGCAUCUUUGAGGCUAGAUAGUCUGUUUUGUGAUUCAGGUAGUUAUUCCUCCCUUGGUUUUGCUCAUACUGGGACUUUUUUUUUCAAUGCCUUUGCCCUCUUCCAAACAUUUCGUUUGUGCAAGUUUAGCUUGUUUUCUUUCUGUGGAAGUGUGCAGUCACAUAGGUCUGCUUAAAUCUUUUCUGCUGCCUUUUUCACCUUGCCUUGAGCCAGAACCAUACCUGUGCUCUAUAAGUCAUAGAAGCUCUUGCCAGUGUACAGCUCAGAAAGGAACUGUUUCAAAUGUGUGUUUAUAAUGUUAGAAGCAACAGAUUUCAAACUUAUCUUAAUUCCCAGUCAUGGCCAGUAUUUUUAUCAUUAAUUGUGAAAAAUUAUUGACCCAAUGAAGCAGCGAUUCACUGCUUAAGAUAAAAAUAGAAUCCAAAGGAAAAUGCAGGAAUGAUAAACACACACUAAUCAUAAAAAGGCAGUGUUAGAAGUAGUCACUGCAGCCAUAAAAAAGAGAAAAGCUUUAAAAUCAAAGUUUGGGGGUUUUUAAGCAAUGCUUUAUGUCGGUAAUGUGUCUCUUCAGGGAACUGCUUCUAAAAGCAUCACUUUCAUUCUUCUGGUGCCAGAUCAGCAGUAAAGGUUGGCAUGAAAUGUCAUCAGUAAAGACCUGAUCCUGCAUACAUUUACACAUUUGAGUAACUUUGCUCACAAAGGUAGUUUAAUUGUGUCUGGGUCUGAUAAACUCCAGCAAGAUGAAGGGUUCUUUGAGUAGAAAUGGGUUAUAUUUAAAUGCUUAUGUUAAGUCUUCUUUAUGCUAUCGCAUAGCGUAGAAGUAGGCUUGAAUGUAAAGGAGAGCUGGGCACUUGAUAUUCACGAAACUUUUCAUGCUGGUUUCAUCCCUAAUUAUUCAGAUACAUUGUCAUUUAGUGGAUCGGGUUUUAUCUAGAAUAUUCCAAUUGGUUCUCAUCUCCAUAGUAUCUGGUGCAUUUCAGCCGUGAAGUGAGAACAUGGCUAAUGGUAUUAACUGUAGGCAAACACAGUUAUUAGAAACUGCUGAUUUUGAAAUUAAUUUCCAGCAAUCAUUCCACCGUCAACUCCCUUUUAUUCUGCAGAAACGCAAUAGAGCUAAUAUGAAGAUGAAGACCCAGGUGACCUAUUUUAGGGCUUUGGCAGUUCAGAGUAGGGCUGCUUUCCUCUGGAAGUUUAUAAAAAUUAAUAACAUACCUAUUUCCUUAUAUUCAUAUAUGCAGCACAAGACGUGUAGUAUAACAUUGCAGUGUGAGUGACAGCACAUCCCUUAAGAUGGAUAAACGCUGUAAGCUUUCUUUACAGGACAACGCCUGUUAUUACAGCCUUUCUGAUUUCUGUAUUAUUGCAUAGAUCUUCAGUGUAACAGACUAAGUAAGCUCAGUGGUACUCCUACAAUGGCCAGCAUGGAGGGAGCAGUCAGCUUUUCAAAAUACUCUGAAACCCCUGAGAAGGAUUUUUAUGGAAAGUGGUAAGCUGGGCUUUAGGAUAACAAAAGGAGAUGAUUGUCUUAUGAGCCCCAUGCUUUUAAACGAUUGCCUGUUGAGCAUCUCAGCCUGCUCUGGCAAAAGCCUUGCAGAAGCACAGAAGCUGGGACAGCUCAGGGUGGUGCUGGCCUGGUUGUUGCUGAUCCCUGAGAGCCAGGCAUUGGCUUGGGCUGGCCCACUGAUGUGUUCCACUGCCCCUACCACCACGUUGUAAGGUCCCUUGUAGCCCACUCCGUUCUGUGGUUAUGCAGGGCAGACAUCACUCAAGAGAUUUAACCUGUGCACUGCAUGUGUGGCAGGCAUGAAUGGUUCCAUGUGUUCCUUCUUCUCUAGGCCCAUAACUCUGUAGCUUUUCAAUUUGUCUGAGUGCAUCUUAGAAGAGUCCUCUGUCGACAUUGGUGGUGGGGCAGGGCUGACACUGGUCAUGUCCAGGGAAGCAAAUGAAAGCCAAUCCCCUUUGUACAGCAACAGAACUAAAUAGCAAACAGAUGUGCAACCUCCUUUGUUCACACAGGAAACGUUAUCUUAUAUCCUACGCUCCUGGCACUCUUUCUUCAGCUUUUUUAGGUUCAUUCCUUUAAAGAUGAUUCUUGCAACGCCUCCAUCGCUGCUGUUUCUCAGCCAGGGUCACACAAGUUAUAACCUCUAGAUGCUUGAGUCCUUUCUGUGUAAGCACAGCAAAUACUCACCAGAUGUGAACAUUCUGGCAACUUAGAGAGGAAAAUUAAAACUUGGAUCCACGCCCUGUUGUGUAGGUUUGUAAUGGAUGAACAAUCAGUCCAGGAAGUUGGAGUGUUUCUUGGGUUUUGUUGUCUUUUUUAAUGAGAUUUUGCUCAUUGUAGUUCUUGCUCACCUUUGUUUCUUACUGGGUGACUGGAGAACGAUUAGUAGGAGAUGUGAAAGAGUGAUAUUUCUGAUUGUUUCAACUUUGCGUGUGCUUGGUUUUGUUAAGCACUCCAAAACUCAGGUCUGGAGCUGGAGUUCAGCUGAAGGACGAGGCAGUGCUAACCUGCUUCCCUGACUCUCCUGGUGCAUCCUAUUCCAAAAGCACUGCACAAUACUUAGAUAUUCAAAUAUUUUAAGAUGCAUAAACAACUCAGUGCAGCUUGCAGCUUCCUUUUCCCCUAUAAACAAGCCAAAAAAAGCUCCUCUGGGCUUUUUUUUUUUUCUUCUUUCCCUUUGACAGUAACUUCUAAGGAAACCAUUAACUCUUUCUGUCUCACAGCAGUUAAAGUUAGUAAUGGUCGAGGUAAUGGCCAUCACAUUUAACAGUGAGGAAGGUAUACGAAUAAAAACCAACCUUCUGCUAACACAGCAAGUGAGCACUUCCCGAUCUCCUCCUGUAAUCAAUCUACAUCGUUAAUGACUCUGAAAACAGACUGAACUGCUGGGGCUGGCACUGGGAAACUUGCAUUACAACUAACCAUCUCUUAUUAACCUUUUGGUGUUUCCCUCGCAACACUAAUUACAGCCAAAUAGAACUACUGUUUGUGAAACUCUUAAGUUAAAACACAACGUUCGGAGGAAAUAUGGUAAAAUCUGAAGCUCCUGUUUGCGUGGCCUUUCUUUUUAAUUAUGAUGGAGGAUGGCUGUUACUUGUUUAACAGAGGCUUACAUGAUUAAUGCCGUAAUGUUACUGUAAUUAAAACAGCAAAAAAGAUGUGAUUGGAGUCUGUAUAAUUUACAGACAUCUCCACAUUCUGGUGGCAGAGCAGCUCUAAGUGUUGCAAAGAGGAAUCAUAAAAAUUUAUUCUAAUUAAAAUUGCCAGAUUGACUAAACAACAGGUGACUUAUGUAACUCGAGCGACUUGCUCUUUGGGUGAGAAAUCAUCUGAAAUCAGUGAAUUAUACAAAGCUGUCUAUUAUUCUAGUAAAUGGGAAAGUGUGUGCUUACCAUGGCAACCUGCAUCAAUUUUGCUGCCGCUGGAAAAUACAGGGCCCUUUAUUAAAGGAAUAAUCACUGCAAACAGUGCACUGACCCUCGGCCCCCGCAGGCUGUUGGUACACGGCAUCGCGUUAGCGCAGAUCGUUACAGGUCGCAAGCAAUUGCUAUCAAAUUAAAUAACUCCUGGUGUAUCACAACAUGAAGGGGUGACGUGGGCAGAGCGCCGCUCCUUGUCCCCAUUUGGGCUCACGGAUGGUGAGGACAUCCCCACUCCUUCCCCCACAAGGCUGUUGGCUUUUCCAGUGGUGCCCUCAAGCUGUCCCCAUUCCUUGGCAACAGGAUGAUGAGGUGUGAGGUGUGGGGCUGCAGCACAGCUGGCUCCCUUUGGGAUGAGCUGGGUAACUAUUCUUUCCCUCACUAGUGACAAAAUCACUGCAAAUAGCUUUAAAUGCGCCAUAAAGAAAAGUCGCAGUCCUAUCUCCACUCGGACCACUUAGUUACAACAGCAUCACUUACAGAGUGCCUUAGCAAAGGGGCCCACUGUUUUCUGGCAUGAGGCGUACAUGGUGAGUGUCUGAAGUGCUCCGGUGCCAGCGGAUUAUGACUGCAGGGAGGCAUAGCACAGGGUUUGUAUGCAGGUUGUUUUACUAAAUGAUCUACGCAAUAAUGUAUAAGUCAAAACUCGGUAAUAAUUGGCACCAAACAGCCAAGAGAACUUGCAGCUUUUAUCUGUCUUAAGGGAAGUGCUGCCACUCAAAGCUCUUCAGUGCUAUAUUUUAUUUCUUAUACAGCAUAGAUGAAUGUAAGUGAGUAGAUUUUUUUAAAUAGGUCACAGAAUUAUUAAAAAGUUUUGCAGCUUUUCUUUGCUGCAGAUGUGCAGUGUGCUGGGAAUGGAGCCUGGCCAAGCCCUGGCUGGUGCUGCAUUGCCUUCACUUUUAUAUCUGCAUCUACAACAGAAGUCCUUUGUAGCAAAUAUAUUGUUGAUAUAUAAGAACCACAAUGUAUGUAAUCACAGUGAGCAUAAUGUGGCCCCAUUUUUGCUGACUAUCCGUAAUAGUGAUGAUAAACAUCCCCUCUCCCUGCAUCAGUUCUGUUAGUGUUUCUAUUUUUUUUUCAGCAGAAGUCUUUAUUUUUGUUCCAUUUUCCGUAUUUUCACCCUCUUUCAAGUGUGGAGAAUCACUGGCUUUGUAACCAGCUUCAUUAGCUGCUUGCACAUUGUGUUUCAUUACCGGUGCCCGCGGAUGGCUCCGAGUGACAGUGCACAGCAGCAGGCGACUGACUGCCACCGCUGUGUCACUUCACAUUUGGGCAGAGACGGUUGUGCUGGGGGUGUGGAGGUGAAGUCAGGUCAGGGCGGGUUGAGUCCCAGUGCUUGGGUUGUCAAUAGGAGAAAACUGUAGUGUGUGGAAUGGCUGGCUGUAGUGAAGGCAGGGCGUUAUCCUGGAGGAGUUCUGGGGUUAAAAUGGGUCCCUGUAGGAAAAGGAGAAAAUUGAACCAAAGAAAAAAAAAGAUUAAAAAAAAAAUGUCUGAAUUGAAGCGAUAGGAAAUGAAAAUUGCUGAGAUAUACUGUCAUGUGGGUAGUGGUGCUACCAACCUUGUGCUGCAGUAAUUACCUCUAUGCAUGCAAUUUGUGCUCGGCUACGAAUGAUUUCCCACAUCAUCCGGUGCCCAGGCUAUAUUCAAUCAGUCCCAGCUGGAGAAAACUAUCUUGGAUCAUUUUGUGAGAUUUCACCACAGAUGCUACCUUGCAUCUUACGGAAGCACUUGGGAACUGGAAGCCACAAAACGUCCCUGGCACCCGCGUGUGGGUGUGGGGAUGUCUCAGGAGGCUGCCUGCAGCCAGGAGGGCUCUGCUGGAUGGAGGCAACUCCUUCAGCAGGGUGCUGGGGGGGGUCGCAGCAAGCAGCCCUGGCCCAUCCGAGGGAGGGGGCCUUGCUCUGCUGAGUGCAUGAUGGAGAGAGUAGUUAUACCACAUUAAAGUGGUAGGUGAAGGAGGGUGAGGAACAUUGGUUGGAGUUUUUGUGAGAAGCCUAAGGGAGUAGGUGUCCGCACUGACUGCAGACCAAAAUAGGUCUGGCACUUGGUUCCUCUGGCUGCUUUAGAAAUGUCACCUUCAUUAAAGAUGUACAGACUUCUCUAAA